CAUGUGGCAAAGCAGUGAGGAAACUUUUUUAAUGAAGAGGCAGCUGAAGGCAGUGAGCACCAAGGCGGCGCGGCGCUUGUACCAAAUGGAGAUGAAAGCCGACAUUAGCGCCCGUAGCCGUAUGUAGAACACGAGGUACAGUCUGAUUCGGGGUGACGCUUGCGGCGUUUCCGAAUUACGGGUUGCUUUAUAACCCCCACCUCAAUUCGCGACAUCCUUUCUGACUUUAAACUGCAAUUUGUGGCUCAGCCCCCCAUUGCCCCACAAUCAUCUACUACAAUUUCCCUACCAUUCCUCUCCUCAUAUUUCAAUACUGCCCCUCCUCCAGACGGCCGCCUGGAUUAUAGCAGUUUCCCUGCGAAUUAUACUGGGCAAACUGACUUGGGGAAUUACUGGGUAAACAACAAAUACUGCGAAACUCCGCCCUAGUCCACAGAACAGGACAGAAUAUACCAUAUUUUCCACAAUCACCCCGAGUUACACAGUAUGGACACUAUUCGUUCGCUAGUACAACCGCUCGUUGGGCCGUCUACUGCUUCCUCUGCAGGAAUGAUAGAUGGUAUGAAGCUUGUUGUUCUUGGAGGAACUGUCGCAACUGCGAGAAAAAUGGGCAGUAGAGCUUGGAAUCACUUUGUGAACUCAUUCUUCUUGACGGCACACUUCUCCGAAGAUGAUUAUCCAUACGAUUGGCUCAUGCUCUGGCUAUCUCGGCGACCUGAAUGGCAACGGUCACGCGAAUUUGAGACCACGACACGCCUGGCAACGCCACUCUCCGGUGGCUCAAAUUCGUCUUCCAGUAGAACAGCCGACAACUCUUUUGGGGACGAGGACUACAGAGAGUGGUGGGCAGAAGAUCCAGCUGAAGAGCAACCACAAGUGUAUAGUUAUGAUGGUGACGACGUGCCUGGUAAAGUCAAGACGCGGGUAGUGUUUCAGCCAACAUUCGACACUACACAUACGAUUUAUUACAGAGGGCACUGGUUAAGAGUGAGGAGAUGGAGGAAAGGUGAUAAUAUGGGCAAUAAUGGAGGCUGGGGAGGCAGUUAUGGAUAUAGCUCUGGCGGAGGAGGAGAGAUGUUGAGUGUUAGUGUUGUUGCUAGAUCCAACACCAUUCUCAAGCAACUCGUAUUGCAAGCUAAGCGUGAAUAUGAAGCAGAAGCUAUCCAUCGCAUUCAAAUUUACUUUGCCGAUUCUCAUGGAGGCUGGAGGUGGACAGAUUCCCGUCACAAGCGCCCCAUGAGCAGUAUUGUCCUAAAUCCUGGUUACAAAGAAAUGCUUUUAAGCGACACUAAGGAUUUUUUGAACAGCGAGAAGUGGUAUGCAGAUCGUGGUAUCCCAUUUCGUAGAGGUUACCUUUUGCAUGGUGUACCUGGCUCAGGGAAGUCUUCUCUUAUACACGCCAUCGCUGGGGAACUCAUGCUUGAUAUAUACGCCUUGUCGCUUUCUGCUGCCUGGAUCAACGAUGCAACACUCACUACCCUCAUGGGUCGCGUUCCCGCGCGUUGUAUUGUUCUCCUUGAAGACCUUGACGCUGCGUUUACCCGAAGUACCGGACGCCGUUCCAAGAAGGAUAAGAAGCGCAAGGACAAGAAGGACAAGAAAGAUAAGAAGUCGAAGGACAAGUCGAAGUCUGACUCCAAUAAUAACGGCUCUGGCACCACCACCGGGAUAAAUUCUGGGUCAUCUUCGAGGAGGCGCAGAACUGGUACUUCCGGGAUCAACGGAGGCGCGAACACUACUGACGCUCUGAGCGAAGUGAACACCCUCAGUUUGAGUGGUUUGCUAAACGCCCUUGAUGGAGUCGCUGCGGCAGAAGGAAGAUUGCUUUUUGCGACGACGAAUCAUCUGGACCAUCUUGACCCUGCCCUUUCGCGUCCUGGACGAAUGGAUGUCUGGAUUGACUUUAAGAAUGCCAGUAAAUGGCAGGCAGAAGCUCUUUUCAGAAACUUCUUUCCAAGUUGCGAGGAGGAUUCGAGCUCUGGGGAUCAGGAAAAGAAGGCUUCCAGAGCAUCAACGCCGACGCCCGUGUCACCCUCGUCGUCAUUGCCUUCCCUUAGGUCUUCGUUCUCAUCUCCAUCUCCAUCUUAUCGCCAGUCCCGUGCUAGCUCGACAAGCCCUGCAGAACCAACCGACGACGGUACCAUCACUCUAGAUCCUGGCUCACUUCCUCCAUCCGCUCCAGAGCUUUCUGCCGAAGAAGAAGCCGAAUUUGCUGCGAUGGGUCUUGUCCUACCUGAUGUUCCCCGCUCUGCUUCAACGCCAGAGGGUGACGUCGAAAACCUCGGCGCAGAAGGAUCGGGACAGAGUUCGAGACCGAGUACAGCAUCAUCUGGCGUUGGAUCUUGGGUUGGAAUGCCUACAGGGCUAUCGUCUUCAAUGGCCAAUUCUCCCAAGGUGACUGAGGUGUCGACUCGACAUACCGCAGCGUCAAAUGGGACUUGGAGUCCAUCUCCCAGUCUUUCCUCGUUGAGCUCCAUUGGAUCUGCUGUCUGGAGUAUGCCAACGUUCAUGAGUUCUACUGCAAGUCUCGUCACAGGUGCGGUCGGAGCAGUAACUGGAUCUUCACCCCGUUCCCCCGCAGCAUCGUCUCCAUCAUUGCCUCGAGCCACUUCCUCCACCUCGCCUCAACGUCAACCUCAGUCUAAGACGCCACGGCAACACACGCAUUCCCCUGCUCCUCUUUCUCCAUCAGUCUUGUCCAAGCUGGCGCAAGAAUUUGCGCAGAAAGUUCCGGACGAAGAAUUCAGUGUGGCUGCGCUGCAAGGGUAUUUGUUGCGGAAUAAGAGUCGACCUGAGGAAGCUGUCAAGGGAGUCGAAGCGUGGGUAGAAGAAGAAAGACGCAAUAAGGAGAAGCAGAAGGGCGGAAAAGGCAAAGGCAAGGGUUCUGAGGAAGAACGGAAGAAGAGAAGAGAGCAGAGAAAGGAGAGAAGGGAGAAGAAGAAGAAAGGUAGCGCGCAAAGUAAUCCAGUAUCUGCUGCUGUUUCUGUUAAUACGAACCAGCCUUCUGAUCCACCGAGUGCUCCUCCCACCGACUCUAUGAUCCUCAUGCCGCUCGCUCAAUCUGAUCCAGUAUCUGCACCUCCUGUGGUCCUUUCGCCGACUAUAAUGGCCCAGCCCCUUCCCGUCAUUCCUAUUCAGAAAGCAGUCCCACCUGAAUCUGAAGCGAGCACGAAGAAGAUUAAGUCAAAGAGCAAGUCGAAGUCACGGAAGAGCAAAUCCGCUAGCAAAUCCGAUGAUAAUGACGGCUCGGAUAGUGAUUCUUCCUCUUCUUCGAGCACCGACAGCGAGUCUAGCUCUAAUUCUGACUCUGACAGUGACUCGAGCAGCGAUUCUAGUAGCGAUGAUGACGAUGAGAACACCGAUCCUCGUCCUCGACAGAGCACGACUUCUAUGGCGAGGUCUCCACCAUCGCCUCCUAUACCGUCAUACGACUGGUCUGUCGAACCCGCAGCUUGGGAAGCCACCCCUGCAAAUGGUCGGAUUGAGAACGCUGAGAGAAGGGAAGAAAUCAUCAAGGACCAGAGUAUGUUGACUCCAUCACAUAACGAAAGUGUGGCUAUGGACGCAAAUUCACAAGAUGGAGACGAAGAAACACGAUGUUCCAAUUGGAAAUCUCCUGGUGAGAUUUCCGACCUCAUAUCUACGGAGGAUAAACCACCUCUCGUAGAUGGUCAUUCAGAGUAUGAGUUACUCUCGCCGAACGCUAUUGAUAGAAGUCAGGUUAGAAACCUUGCCUCAUUUACUUCCUCUGCAUAUGCCUUACAAAUGAUGCUGCAAGCACAUAUAUAUGCUGUCGCGGUCUACUCUUGUCUACUUCAUCUUUAUGCUUCGAUUUUAUUGUGGUUCUCUGGUUCAGAUCGAUUUUCUUGA